UCUCGACUCUCCCCAGUCUCUCGCCCGCGGCGGCGUCUCAACUCUUCGUCACGCUCGGGCUCUCGCUCGCGGCACCCACGCUCUCUGUCAUUCUUCAUCUUGCCGGCACCUCGCUCUCUGUCAUUCUUUCUCACGCUGGCGGCACCCUCCCUCUCAGCUCCUCGCUCUCUCUCCCUCACUCAUUGCAUCACAUUGCUGAGGCUCCUCGGAUUGCUCAGGCUCGCGCACGAAAGCACCGUCCAUCGGCUUUAUCAGACUCCAUUGGACAACGACGGCACCUUCCAUCAGAUUGCUCUCUCUCGCUUAGUCUCCUCACCAAGUAUAAAAAAUGUCUUGUGCUCGUCACAAUGUUGAAAGCCAAAAAACCACCCAGAUUGUAAUGGAGAUUGUCAUGUGAUCGCUGGCAUGAACAACGCUACGCAUUCUCUGAAAUGGGUUCUCCUAGAUUUCCUGAAUAGGUGUAAUGACUUAAGGACGUUCAAGCAAAUCCAUGCACAUCUAUUAACUUCUAGUCUUGCUAGUAACGACUUAGUGAUUACAAAAGCUGCCAACUUUUUCGGAAAACAUGUCAGUGAGAUCGAUUACGCAUGCAAUUUCUUGAAACAUUAUGAUUGGAGCUCGAGCUCUUUCCCAUGCAAUUUGCUGAUUUCUGGUUACGCUUCCGGUGACAUCCCCUGGGCCGCGAUUUUAGUGUAUAGGUCGACUGUUGGAAAUGGGUUUGUGCCUGAUGUCUAUACUGUGCCGGCAGUUUUGAAAUCCUGUGCUAAGUUUUCGGGGAUUAGGGAGGUUAGGCAGUUUCAUUCAGUUGCUGUCAAGACUGGCUUAUGGUGUGAUUUUUUUGUGCAGAACACCCUAGUGCAUGUUUAUGGCACUUGUGGUGACUGUAUUGGUGCAGAUAAGGUGUUCGAUGAUAUGCUUGUGAGAGAUGUGGUCUCUUGGACUGGGUUGAUAUCUGGAUAUGUGAAGGCAAGCUUGCCUAAUGAGGCCAUCGCAUUGUUUUCAAGAAUGGACGUGGAGCCUAAUGUAGCCACAUUUGUUAGCAUACUUGUAGCUUCUGGGAAAUUGCUUGAUGUAAAUUUAGGGAAGGGGAUUCAUGGAAAGAUUUCAAAACUUCCGUGUGUAAUGGAAUUGAUCUUGGGUAAUGCUUUGAUGGAUAUGUAUAUGAAGUGCGAGUCUCCAUCUGAAGCAAAGCAAAUAUUCGAUGAGCUCCCUGAAAAAGAUAUUAUUUCUUGGACUACUAUGAUCCGUGGGUUGGUGCAAUGUCAACGACCCAAGGAAUCACUGGACUUGUUCUGUGAAAUUCAGAACUAUAGUUUUAAACCUGACAGGAUUAUAUUGACCAGUGCGCUUUCAGCUUGUGCAAGCCUUGGACUUCUUGAUUAUGGCAUUUGGGUCCAUGGAUACAUUGAACGUAACCAUAUCAAAUGGGACGUUUAUAUAGGAACAGCACUGAUUGACAUGUAUGCAAAAUGUGGUUGUGUAGAGAUGGCACAGCGGAUUUUCAAUGUGAUGCCUAUUAGGAAUGUUAAAACGUGGAAUGCUUUUUUAGGUGGUCUAGCAAUAAAUGGAUAUGGGCAAGAGGCACUGAAACAAUUUGAAGAGAUGAUUGAAUCUGGAGCAAAUCCAAAUGAGGUGACAUUUCUUGCUGUUUUGACAGCUUGUUGCCAUUCUGGCUUGGUAGAAGAAGGCCGUAGGUACUUCCAUCAUAUGACAGAUCGAAGCUACAGUCUUUCUCCCUGGUUAGAACACUAUGGAUGUAUGGUUGAUCUACUCUGUCGGGCUGGAUUGGUGGGGGAAGCUCUUGACUUGAUAAAGACAAUGCCAAUGGCGCCUGAUGUGCAGAUUGUAGGAGCUCUUUUGAGUUCUUGUAAUGCUUAUGGGAAUGUAGGGAUUUCUCAAAACAUGAUAAAAUAUCUCUAUGAUUUUGAAUACCAAGAUAGUGGCGUAUAUGUGCUUCUAUCUAAUCUAUAUGCAACUAAUGAGAAAUGGGUAGAAGUAAGAAAAGUGAGGAGGUUCAUGAAGGAGAAAGGAAUAAGCAAGUCUCCAGGUUCAAGUCUAAUAAGGAUCAAUGGUAAGAAUCAUGAAUUUGUAGUUGGAGAUAGCAGCCAUCCACAAAAUGAGGAUAUUCACGUACUAUUAAACAUCCUUACCAAUCAUAUCCCCCUUGGGGGGCAUAUUGAUACCCUUUCUUGAUCAAGCAGAUAUGGAAUAGUGGAGUGCCUCAACUCUUAAGUGACUGCAAAAAAUGGUCCAUUCUGCAGACAAACGCCAUUCUCAUCAAAGACCCUAAACAACUUGUUCCACAUGGAAGUGGCCACGUGGAGAUGUAGAAGUGACUGAGCUACAAUUCUGUAAUUCUGUUCGUGAGCACAAUACAAACAUAAGAUUCCACAACAUGUUAUUUGUUUUAAUUUUAUUGGGUAGCAUUCUCCAAAUCAACCAGGAUAGUUGAAGGGGGAUGAGCAGGAGGCUAAGUAUGACAUUAUUGAAAGUAGUUAUUUGAUGUGUGUCUUUAAGGAGUGGAGGUGUUACUUCAGACGAUAUAGAAUUGGUGAAAGAUGUUACACUUAUGACGUAAAAUCUUUUUAAAUUAAGUUUUAAAAUUCAAAUUCAGGUUAUGCUGUGAGAACACAUGAUGUGUCUUAUUGUUCUUCAAGACUAAAUUGAUAAUAGUAUUGUAAAUUCUCCCAGAAGUAGUGGGCUAAAUAUUUUUGCUUGACAAUUGGUCCUGUUCAUGUUUGUUUUAUGGAAUUUGAAUCCUCAUCUUGAAGCCUUGCUUCUUAAUGAAGGUUUUCCCCGUCUAUUUCUCGCUACUGACUUUUGAAUGUCAGCUAGUUUUUAACCUUAAAUGUACUUUUACAGGAUGGGUCUAUAUUGGCCUGGAAGUUUAAUGUCGCCACCCAGUGUUUUGAGCCAGUUGCAUCUCAUGAAGGGCAUUCCCUAGCGUUUGUUUCGUCAGUUAUUGGAGCUAAUCGGUUUCCUUCUGGUUCCAUGGACGAUACAACAAGAGUCUCGAAUUUUGGAACUUUGCAGUGUUUGCAGACAAUAACAGGGCACACAUCUGUUGUGAUGUCUCUUCUUUGUUUUGACCAUUAUCUCUUGUCCGGUUUACUGGACAAAACACCAAUGCACAGGUCCCAAUUCCUUUCUAAAAAAUACUUUUCUGCAUACCAAACAUGCUAAAAGGUGUGGAUUGCUAAUGAAAGCGGAAACUUGGAAGUGACUCAUGCACACAUUGAAAAACAUGGCAUACUUACCUUCCGUGGGAAUUGGGAUGCAUGAUUCACAAGGAAAGCCCAUUUUGCUGUGCUUAUGCAAUGAUAAUACUGUCCACCUCUAUGAUUUGCCAUUGGUCAGUUACGUGGGCAAUAUUAACCUGUUGCUGAAAAAGUCAAAGACUGAGGAGCGCGUACAUGGUCCAGAAAGUGAUGGAUGGGGAUGAAGAUUACGAGACAAUGCAAUAAGUUUAGCUGGAGUGCAGUGGAAGAUAAAUACAUUUUACGUGGAUGAUGAAACAAUCAGCUAAAAGGAAACCAUAUGCUGAGAAAGAUGUCACAAAGUUGCAAAACAUUUUACAAUUCAACCAUUCCCUUUAGAAUUAUAAGGCAUUUUUAACUAAUUUAUACCCUCAAUAAGUUAGUUAAUAAUAUUUAAAAUUACAUAUUC